UUUGUUUCCUGUUCUUUGCUACUAAAUUCCGAUGGCGCGUGCGUGUUUGAACUUUCAAAAACCACUGCAGACAUGAAAAAGACAGUGAUAGACGGAGACAGAAAGAGAUCCCGUGAGGGGGAGAGUAUUGAUUUAAAGGCACCUCCUUCCCAGUUCCCAUGGUCGUGCAGUGAGUUGUCUAAUGUCCUCCAGGUCUGGGCCGUCCAGAGAAGGGAAUCUUAGAAGAGAAAAGCAGACAGUUUGAGUGAAGAGAGAGAAGAGUUUUCCACAGGGCUAUGGCCUCGGCCAAAAAGGAUGAUGAAGUGGAGGAAAGACUGGCGCACGUUAAAGAAGAGGACUGCAAAUGGGGUAUUCCGGCGGGUCUGUGUGUGAAGGAGGAAGACAGCGAGGAACAGAUUUCAGGUUUUAAAGAGGAAGAGUUCAAGGAGGAGUUUAAUGGUAUUAAAGUGGAGGAUUCUAAAGGGUUCUUGGCCAGUGUUGAACAGCAAAAGCAUGAAACUGGGGAUUCAUUCAAGCAAGAGAUUACAGAAGAAUAUUUUUCCAGUAUCCAGCCCCAAUUCCCCAGUACGGGACAGCUGGUUACCCAGCAGAAUUCUAUGGAGCUGAAAUGUGAGUUAUCUAAAUUUGAAGAGAACAUCGAUGAAGGAAAAGGUCAGAAAAAGGAAGAGCAGCUGCCCUCUGGGAGUGUUGGAAUACAUUUUCAGAAAAGUGGUGGCUUCUCUUCAUCUUCUUUUGCACAGCCCUCUCCUCAGUGCAGACUGCAGCAGACCCCUGACAAUGAGGAUAGGAAGAAAUCAACAAGUGGGUCAGAGAAUGUGACAGCAGCCCCUCUUACCGCUGACAAUGAAACACUGAGAGAAGCCAUCAAAAGUGAUCAAGAGCAUAAUACAUAUCAAGAGAUGUUGUAUGCCUGUCAAGGAUGCAAAAGAACUUUCAAAAACAUGCUGGAUUAUAAAUACCAUAAAUGGCUUCAUACAAAACCAAAUCCGUAUGUCUGUACUGAGUGUGGCAAAUUCUUUUCCUGCAGCAGCAAUCUUCAUAAACACAAACAAAUUCACACUGGAGAAAAACCUCAUUGCUGUGCCGAAUGUGGCAAGCGAUUCCUACAGUUAGGCCAUCUUCAGAGCCACAAAACAAUCCACACUGGAGAAAAACCUUAUUGCUGCUCUGAGUGUGGCAAGCGAUUCUCUAAUAAAAGCAGUCUUCGGACACAUGCGAAAAUUCAUAGUGGAGAAACACCUUAUCGUUGCUCUGAAUGUGGUAAAGAGUUCUUACAAGUCAGCCUCCUUCGAAGGCACAUCAAAGUUCACACUGGAGAGAAACCUUACUGUUGUCCUGACUGUGGGAAACGAUUUUCAAACAGCAGUUGCCUUCAUAAACACAGAAGAAUUCACACUGGAGAGAAACCUUAUUGUUGUACUGAAUGUGGCAAACGAUUCUCCCGUAACAGCACACUUCAGCAGCACACAAGAAUUCAUACUGGAGAGAAGCCAUAUUGCUGUUCUGAAUGUGGGAAACGAUUCUCUCAAAACAGCAAUCUUCAGAAACACUUAAGAAUUCACACUUGAAUUUAAAAACAGUAAUUUUGCAAGUUGUGCUGGGAAGAACAGGACUAAUGAAGAACUUUCAGACCCAUCUUGAUAUACUACUGAUUAGCAUAACUCCUUAUCUUUAUCAGUAGCUGCUGCUGGAGUAUGUGAAUUUCCCCUUGGGAUUAAUAAAGUAUCUAUCUAUCUAAAGGAGGCAUAUUGGUGCCAGUGUUACCCUGAACCCUCGCUGAAAACCUAAUGAAGUAAGAAAUACAGCCGUACAACAGAACUGCCAUGACUGAAGAGUGAGCAUCACUCCUGUCAGUAAGCACACCAGGAAAAUGUGAAUAAUUUAACCCAGAGAGAAAUUCCUGAAGGUGGGAGGUAAAGAAUGUAAAAAGAAGUCAAAACGUAUGUACCAUGUAAGCCCACCUAGCUACUCAAAUCUUGAUGGAUAUCUUCACAGGGUUUCAUUACAAAACCUUAUCAAAGCCAAACUAUUUGUAUAUCCUGAUCCAGAAGCAGUAAUUCAUACCUGCUGCAUGUCUCUCAGGAUAGAAAUGUCCCUACUCCUGCCUAAGCACUGGGGGCGAUGGUGGCAGUGAUAUCACACUAUCUUCAGAUGAAGACAAGAGGACCUUCAGUGUGGAUGACAUUCAAGAUGGUGGGUGGAACAGAUGAGACCACCAAAGUGUAAGGUGAGCAGAAAAUCGAAAAGACUCGACACGGUGGUCAGUGAUAGAUGAAGAGGAGAUCACGGCCUGCUACUUCCAUGUAAUAAAUUGUCAAUUUCCAACAAAGUGUUGUUAUACUGGGAGGAUUCGCUCAUAAUUGGAAUCCAGGCAAAUGAUCCAAGAUAAGUGAUGCAAACUUAAAAUUGCUAAGUAGUAUAAAGAAAGCAGUUAAGUGAAGAGAAAUUAGAAGAACAGCAAAAGAUGAAAUAAUAGAAGAGACAAAUUCAAGUCAUGAGAACAGAACUGGUGAAGACGUGGCAUGAAGAGACAAGGAGGACCUCAUCUGGUGCCCAGUGGUAUGUGUGCCCGUCUGAAGGUCUCGGCAGCCAAACUAAGUCCCGUUCCCAUAAAGCCCAUCAUCUCCAGGAGCUCAGCUUGCCUGCUGUCUGCUUUUCAACUCCCCAUCUAUGAAUGCGACUCUCAGCCUCCGACCCUCUCACUCCUCCUUGUGUGUCUCACACUCGCAGUUCCUCUUUAGUUCAAGUCACCAAAGCCAAACUGGCUGCUCUGAUUGCUCUGAAGGACUGGACACACUCAGACACACACACACACACACACAGACCUUAGCAUUUUGUUUUAUAGUUGACUUGUGUUUGUUUUAUUUCUCUGUUAUAACAGCAAUGGUUUGUACGUGUAGCGUGGCAAUCGACUGCUGUGAUAGGCCAGUCUGUCUGUCUGUCUGCAUGAAACAACUUGGCUCCCAGGACAUUCUAUUAACGCUGUUGUUUUUAAUUAUAACACAACUUGUUAAUAAAAUAUGCAGCAGACACUUUGAUGAGGUGACCAGAAGUGUGCCAACUUUCAAAGCAGCUUAGCCGGUCUCUGGACGCACCUCAAUGUUACGCCACACCAACCUGUCUGUCUUUGCCAUUUCUUUGAGGUGGUUUG